UGCAAGGGAGACGUCGACCAAUCAGCAAGCUGCAAAGCCGCAAAGAGAGGAGUCGAGGGAGGCUGAGAGGCCUGCAGAGAAGACGCCUACAGAGGAGACACCUUCAGAGGAGACACCUUCAGAUGAGACACCUUCAGAAGAGAUGCCAAUCUCUGAAUCUGAGGACGUGGACUUUGAAAUCCAAGGUGUGCUCACAUUGUGCAAGUAGUAAAACAUGACGUGUUUUUUCAUUCGAUCCUCUCAUCUUUCCCCCUGCUUUGUGCAUGUGUGUGCGUGCCCAGCUCCCGUCCCUCUGCCUGCAUUUGUGGAAGACGACUUUGUAGCAGAUGAUCCUGGAGAAGACACUGAGCAUAAUUACGCGAAAGACGCGGACGCCAUCGACACGAGCGGAGUGUUAGUGGAGGAGCCUUCGUCUCAGGAGAGCAUCGUGGAAUCGGCCAGGGAUCUGACCAGCUCCAAGUUCACACAGGAAGAAGAAGUGGAAGUGGAGAAACGGUCUGACCCAGCAGAACCACAGAGAGAGAACCAGGCGGACCCAGUAGAACCACAGAGUGAGACAACUGGGCAGACGGAGAGCGCCCCUGAAGAAGCGGCGGCCGAGGACAAGCCCAAAGAAAAAGCCAAGAAGAAGAAAGCGAAACUGCUGAACAAGUUGGACAAAACCAUCAAAGCAGAAGUGGAUGCUGCUGAGAAGCUACGCAAGAAAGGUAAAGUGGAGGCGGCGCUGAAAGCCUUUGAGACGUUAGUGCAGCAGCACCCUCAGAGCCCCCGCGCUCGCUACGGCAAAGCACAGGCAGAGGACGACUUGGCCGAAAAGAAGCGCAGCAACGACAUGUUGCUGAAGGCCAUCAACAGCUACAGAGAAGCCGCCGAGCUUCCGGACGCCAACGCUGACCUCAUUAGAGCGGCGCUGAAGAGACGAGCCGAGCGCCAACAGUUCCUGGGCCGCAUGCGGGGCGCUGUAGCAACCCUGGAGAGGCUGGUUCAGAUGUUCCCGGAAGACAUCGGUCUGAAGAACGACCUGGGCGUGUCCUACCUGUUGCUCGGAGACAACAAAGGUGCUAAGAAGGUCUACAAGGAGGUACUGGCGGCUGCCCCCGAUGACGGCUUUGCCAAAGUCCACUACGGAUUCAUCCUGAAGUCGGAGAACAAGAUCGCAGAGAGCAUUCCCUACCUGAAGGAGGGGCUGGAGUCUGGCGAGCCCGGCACUGACGACGGUCGCUUCUACUUCCACCUGGGAGACGCCUUGCAGAGAGUCGGAGACAAGAGCGCGUACCACUGGUACCAGCUGGGUCACGAGCGCGGCCACUUUGCGUCCGUGUGGCAGAGGUCCCUCUACAACGUGGACGGGCUCAAGGCGCAGCCCUGGUGGACGCCAAGCGAGACUGGCUACACCGAUCUGGUGAAGGCGCUGGAGAGGAACUGGAAGACCAUCCGGGACGAGGCUCUGGCCAUGAUGGACAGCAACACGGGAAUGUUCGUCCCCGAGGAGGAGAACCUGCGGGAGAAGGGCGAGUGGGGACAAUACACCCUCUGGCAGCAAGGGAGGAAAGCUGUAGAUGCCUGUCAGACCGCCCCCAAAACAUGCUCGCUGCUGGAGAAAUUCCCUGAAGCUACUGGCUGCAAGAGAGGACAGAUCAAGUUCUCAGUCAUGCAGCCGGGCACGCACGUGUGGCCGCACACGGGUCCCACCAACUGCCGCCUGAGGAUGCACCUGGGCCUGGUGGUCCCCAAACACGGCUGCAGGAUCCGCUGCACCGACCAGACCAGGGAGUGGGAGGAAGGCAAGGUUCUCAUCUUCGACGACUCCUUCGAGCACGAGGUGUGGCAGGAGGCGGACGCGUACCGCCUCAUCUUCAUCGUGGACGUGUGGCACCCGCAGCUGACGGCCCAGCAGCGCCAGACUCUCAGCGCCAUCUAGACCAGGAAGUCUUUUUUUACGCUUCUCUUGAGAGAUGAUACUACUGACCUGACCGCCGUACUUCCUGUUUCAACCCUUUGCCAAAAAACAUCAAGUUGUGUUCAAUGUUUGUGUUUACUUGAGCAUACCAACCACUUUGUUACUUUCUCUUCGUGCUCAUCUUCCUCCCCACUUUUGUACCAUGACUACAAACACCAGAUACUAUUAGAGAUUAUAUUUUUGAAUAAAAACCACACAAACACA